AAUUACACGUCGAAAUAUUACCCGUGACAGCUGCUCUUUGACAACGUGUCUAUUUUCUGCGCGGAGUGUGAAAAUCCCUGCAAGGAAAAUCAUGGAUGAGCAAGACAUCCCCAUUGACAUCCACACGGGGAAGUUGCUGGAAUGGCUUGUCAGUCGACGAGUUGUGGGCAAAGAGUGGCACAAGGCGAUUCCAGACAUCCGGAACAAGAUCAACAAUGCCAUCAGGGACAUGCCUGCCCAUGAGGAGUUGGUGAAGCUGCUGUCCGGAGCGCAUAUCAACUACUUUCACUGCCUGCGGAUUGUGGAGAUCCUGAAGAUGACUGAGGCGGACACGAAGAACGUCUUUGGACGCUAUGGCAGUCAGAGGAUGAAGGAUUGGCAGGACAUUGUGAGGAGUUAUGAGAGAGACAGUGUCUAUUUGGCGGAAGCGGCACAGAUUCUGGUGCGAAAUAUCACAUUUGAGAUUCCCAGCGUGAAGAAGCAGAUAGCGAAGUUCGAGCAGCUCAGCGAGGAGGCGACAAAGAAGAGUAAGGACAUGGUGAAAUCCCAGAAUGCCAUCCGGGCGGAGUUCAAUGCGCUGUGCCAGCAAUUGGGCAUUAAAGGUGAGAAGAUUAGGGUCGAGCUGAAGGAGAAGCUCAGCGAAUUGCCCAGGAUGUACGGUGAGAUAGCGGAGAAGAUGUCGGCUCUGGACAAGGCGGUGAAUCUCUAUGGGCAGUACUGUCAGAACAAGAACUGCCUGGAGAUCAUCAGGCACGUGACGACGCAUGGGAACACGACUGUUUACGAAUUCCUGUACUCAGAGGCGCCGCUGUCGGUGGAGGAAGCGCCUGUGGACUUUGGCGAGGAGGAGAGCGUCCCAGAAGUCAGUCAAGAGAUUGAUUUUGGCGAUGCCGGAGACGCCGCGGCGACAAUUGACUUUGGCGAGGGCGAAAUCACCCUCCAGACUGGCGACGACAUUGACUGGGGCGAAGCGGGCGAUGCGGCGGCGGCGGAAGCUGAGGAGAUCAACUUCGACAUCUCGCUGGAGGAGAGCGGGAUUGUCGUGGAAGGCGGCGGACAGUCGGGCGGAGUGGCGCGCGGCGAUGAGGCUCUCUCAAUCCUCGAUGCGCCCAAGUACAGAGAUCAGUUCAUCGGCGAACUGAUGGAGUUGGAGGCCUUCCUCAAGAUGAGACUGUACGAACUCACCACGGCCACGGAGUCCUCGAUGAUCUCCAUGACAUUCCUGGACGAGAUUGCCGGCCAGGACACCAACACCAUUCAGCAGAUGAUUGUGAACGUUGAGGUGAUCCUGGCCAAUGCCAUGCAACCACAACUCCAGUAUCUGCAUCAAGUGAAGCAUUCCCCAAGAUACAUCGACGUUCUUGCCGCCAAAGUGAAGCAGAAGCUCACGGCGAUCGACAAGCUGAAGGAAGGCGAGAACCUGUGCAAGGAGAAGUCCGUGAAGUACCUUCAGCAGGCAGCCGACUUGCGCCCGGAUCUCACCAAGGCCAUCAGCCACACGAAGAGCCUCCAGCACCAGAUCGAGUCGGACAUCUCGAAGCGCUACAAGAAUCGCCAUGUGAACCUCAUGGGCGGCGUGAACACGAUCUAAUCGCUCGAAUCGUCUGUUCGGAGGUAAAUUAAAUUGGUUUUUUUGACAAAA